CAAACAUAGCAGAUAUAUUUUGUCCGCUCGAGGAACACCUCUUUCGACACAGAAGCACAAAUCCAACCGUCAAUAUAUAAAAAAAGUCAACGUAUCGUCGUUGACUGACAUCGGUCUCUUUGCUGCUCUGCUCUAGGGUUCUACUAUCGGUCUCUGACAUUGCCGGGAUGGAGGCGAGCAGUGAAAUCAUCCGUGAAUUGGAAGAGUUAAAGCUCAAGAAGGCGGAGAUCGAGCACCGUAUAUCGUCUCUCAAAGCCAAGCUCCAGGAGACGGCGGCGGCGGCCGAACGAUGCGACGCCGUAUCUAACGGUUACUCUUAUCCAAUGGCGGCGGCGGCGAUUGAACACGGGCUUGGACACGGCCUGUCUCCUGAUCAGAUUUACCGCUACAGUCGCCAGUUGUUACUCCCUUCGUUUGGUGUUGAAGGGCAGGCAAGUCUCUUAAAGUCUUCGGUAUUAGUCAUCGGAGCUGGAGGGCUAGGCUCACCUGCAUUAUUGUAUCUCGCAGCUUGUGGUGUUGGACGAUUGGGUAUUAUCGAUCAUGAUGUUGUAGAACUCAACAAUAUGCACAGGCAGAUAAUACACACUGAAGCAUUUAUUGGUCACCCCAAAGUGAAAUCUGCUGCUGCUGCUUGUCGCUCAAUAAACUCGACAAUCAAGAUUGAUGAAUAUUUGGAAGCUCUCCGGACGUCAAAUGCUUUGGAAAUCCUCAGCCAAUAUGAUAUCAUAGUAGAUGCAACGGACAAUCCUCCAAGCCGUUACAUGAUCAGCGAUUGUUGUGUCCUUUUAGGAAAGCCUUUGGUAUCAGGUGCUGCGCUUGGAAUGGAGGGGCAGCUUACGGUCUAUAAUCACAAAGGAGGCCCGUGUUAUCGAUGUCUAUUUCCAACUCCUCCACCGACAACAGCUUGCCAAAGAUGUUCUGAUAGUGGAGUUCUUGGAGUAGUUCCGGGUGUUAUUGGUUGUCUACAAGCGCUAGAGACGGUUAAACUCGCAAGCAUGGUGGGAGAACCACUCACUGAACGGAUGCUUCUUUUUGACGCUUUAUCAGCAAGGAUCCGGAUUGUCAAGAUCAGAGGCAAAUCGUCUCUCUGCACAGUCUGUGGAGACAAUUCAUCUUUCAAUAAGCAGCAGUUCAAGGAUUUUGACUAUGAGGACUUCACCCAAUUUCCUUUAUCUGCGGGCCCGUUGAACCUACUUCCCACAGAAUCAAGAAUCAGCAGCAAGGAGUUCAAAGAAAUCCUACAAAAGAAGGAACCACAUGUUCUUCUCGAUGUUCGACCUUGUCAUCACUACAAGAUUGUUUCUCUCCCGGAUUCACUCAACAUCCCUCUAGCAAACUUGGAGGCUAGGUUAAACGAGCUUUCUUCAGCUCUGAAAGAAAAGGAAGAUGGCCAUGUCAACACCGGUUCUUGCACAAAUCCGAGCCUCUACGUUGUUUGCAGGCGCGGGAAUGAUUCACAGAGAGCUGUUCAGUAUCUUCGUGAAUCGGGUUUCGAUUCAGCUAAGGAUAUAAUUGGAGGACUGGAGGCUUGGGCAGCCGAUGUCAACCCCAACUUCCCCACCUAUUAGUAGAAAACAUGCAUCACUAGUUUUGUCAUGUAAACCUUGUGUGUUAACAUGGUGAGUUUUUUAGAUGUUAUGAUUACUUGUAGUUUGAUUCGAUCAUAAGAACAUAAUAAGUUUGUAUUGAUGUUAUGAUACCUUUGAUUCAAUCUUUAUGGAUGAUA